AAAUGAUCUGGAGAUGAAACUCUCUAGCUCAUCAAACAAUCAACCCACUCCCAAUUCCCAACCAAUAGCAACAAGUGCCUCAAAAGCCAAGCUCCUUCCAUGUAAGGCCCCAUCAAAAGACCGUCACACCAAGGUUAAUGGUAGGGACCGCCGCAUCCGGCUGCCACCAAUAUGUGCUGCUCGUGUCUUUCAACUUACUCGCGAGCUUGGUUACAAAACCGACGGCGAGACCAUAGAAUGGCUCUUGCGCCAGGCCCAACCAUCCAUUAUCGCUACCAUUGGCAGUACCAUUAAUGGAGGUGUGGCUUCCAGUGCUGCUACUUUUGGUCCUAGUGCCAACACUACUAUUGAUGCGGUUUCCAAUAUUUCAUCUUGCCCAUCUUCGACUUCUUCCAAAUUCCCUUGCGUGGCCGAAACUGUGCAUGAAAAUAGAGAUCAUGUGGUCAACAAGUGUGCAUUUCGAAGACCUAAGCCGGUGCUGUUGCCAUUUGAAUUUGGUUUGGUUUCAAACUUUGAUAUGGAAUUUUCUGCCAAUGAGAUCGCCAUGCUGCAAUCAGUGACAGAUAUCGAAGAGGGAGCUAAAGAGAAAGAUCCACAGAAAAAGUUCUGAAAAUGUAUAAUGCUUUAGAAGCAAUUAGCUAUAAGGGUGAUUGUAAAAUGGAACUAAAUUAAUGGAAUGUUGCAUGGAUGGAAGAAAAAGAAAUUUCAUUUCUCCUCAGAGAUUAGUCAAAUCAGAUCAAAUGCAAAGGUUGUGAAAGUAAACUUUA